AUGCUGGGCUUUAACGUGGCUGGGUUAGCCUGCAUUGCGAUAUUUUACACCUUUCGUCGACUAAGGAAGAUUUACAGAUUGAGGAGAUUACGCCAGUCUUUAUCUUGUCGAUUCGAGAAGUAUGGACUUACACACGAGAUUAAGGAACCAGGCCUACAUGCUAUCAUGACAGCGCAGCCUGAAAAUAUCCGAGCCAUUAUGUCUACCGACUUCGAGAGCUUCGGACCGGGUAAAAUUCGAAAGCGCAGUAUGGCUCCUCUGCUCGGCCAGGGCCUGUUUACAGUUGAUGGGGAGAAAUGGAGACAUGCACGAAAUCUGCUUCGCCCGCUCUUUGUGAGGAGUAAAAUCACAGACCUGACACUGGUCCACAAGCAUUUGGAAAGGAUCUUGGAUUUUACGAUUCCUAACGACGAUGCCACUUGGUCUGGCUGGACGGGACCCAUUGAUUUGAAAGGUCUUUUCGAACGCUUUACAAUGGAUACGGCCACUGAAGCAAUCUUUGGACGCAGUGUGGACUCCCAACCGUGGGCCAAGGCCUCAAUUUCCAAGGGUAAAGUAGACGGUUCUGCUGCCAGCAUGACCCAAGGUUUUGCCAGAGCAUUUGAUAUCAGCCUACUGGGGAUAGUGAUCCGCAUGGUUACCGGGCGCCUCUCCUUCCUUUUCAAACGACGCAAGUUCAGCAGCGCAUUCAACUUCGUCCAGCGAUAUGUGUCGCUUCAAGUCCACCAUCUGCUGAAAGAUGACCUGUCGCAACCUAGUGGGAUACAAAAGUCCUUUCUCGCUGCUCUAAUGGAGGCCGAAACUCUGAAUGAAAAGCAAUUGCACGAAUACUCGACCAACCUCCUCAUUGCUAGCCGUAACACAACGGUCGCCCUCCUCAGCUUCACGUUUGCCCUACUCUCCUUGCACCCCGACAUACUGGAGAAGCUCCGAUCGGAAAUCUUGUCAACAUUCCCGAUCGAUCAAGACUCAGACAGAAGUAAAAAUAGGCCCGAUUCGUCCACGAUAACGGCAGAGAAGCUCCUCCAAUGUCGAUACUUACAAUGGGUUCUAUGCGAGGCUCUCCGACUCUUUCCUCCCAUUCCAAUAACGGCAGUGGAGGCGAAGAAACACACUGUGCUGCCCAUGGGCGGUGGUGAAGAUGGCGAUGCUCCCAUCCUGGUUCCUAAAGACCAACUCGUAAUUUUCUUCCCGUAUUUCGUGCACCGUCGCCGCGACAUAUGGGGUGAUGACGCCGAAUCAUUUCGGCCCGAGCGAUGGGCCAAUUCUCCUCCUUCCUGGGCGUAUAUUCCGUUUGCUGGUGGUCCGCGAACAUGUCUUGGCAGUAAGUUAUUCUACUUUUCUCUCCUACAGGCGAUUAUCCCUCACAUCGCUACAGAGCAAUAUGCCUUGAUCCAUGCUUCCUAUGUUGUCACACGUUUGUUACAGACCUUCAGUCGUAUAAAGCCGGCCCACCCAACAAAUGACUGGCUGUCUGCCGAGACGGAGUCUAACCGUUCGAGACUGAAGGUGCGCUCUAUAAGGAAAUCUGGCUUCAUUUCUCUUUCUCUACGAAAGUUUCAAGUCCACUUCUGGAAGGACGAAUCCUCCUGA